AUGGCGAGGAUGUGGCAGACAGUAACGUUACAGCAGGAGUGUGUAUGUGACCUUGACUUGAGGAAGAUGGUCUCUGUGUCUAUGGAUGGACCCAAUGUCAAUUGGCGAUUUUUUGAGAUGCUGCAGCAGGAGCAUGCAGAGCAUUUUGGGGGUGCUCAGCUGGCAGUGGUGGGGAGUUGUGGCUUGCAUACUCUCCAUAAUGCUGUCAAAUGUGGAUUCACCGAUUGGCAUGUGGAGAAGUUCCUAAGAGGUCUGCAUACAAUUUUCCACAACGUGCCAGCAAGAAGGGAGGAUUUCUGUAAUCUCACAAAGUCCAAAAUCUUCGCUUUGCCUUUUUGUGGUCACCGCUGGGUCGAGAACCUACCAGUGACGGAGAGGGCCCUUGUCAUCUGGCCAGACAUGAUGAAGUAUGUUGAGGCUGUUAGCACCAAAAAGCUUCCUAACCCUGGGACGUCCUCCUAUGAUACCAUUGUCGCGCCAACUAAAGACCCUCUCAUUCUAGCAAAGCUUCACUUUUUCAUGGCAGUGUGUCGAAGUGUAACACCUUUCCUCACCAAAUACCAGACUGAUGAGCCUGUGCUGCCUUUUAUUGGUAAUGACUUGGCUGAACUGCUGAAGAGUUUGCGGAGGCGAUUCAUCAAACGGGAACUUCUCAAUGAUGCCACACCUCAGCAUUUGGUCCGGCUUGAUUCUGGUGGACUCAGCCCCUCACUGGAUUAG